AUGCUAUUAUCUCGACUUCUUCUACUGCCCUUUGCAGUCGCAUCGUCGGUCACACUCUACGUCUCCUCCGUCCCAGCCUCAGCGGAUAGCGCCGUAAUCCCCUCCCCAAUCCCGCUUGCGCAGAUCGAAUACGACGCAGACCAAUCUGUCGGCACUCUAGCCUCCUUCACACCACCUACAGGCUCCUACUCCCCUGAUCAUCUUCUUCGCGUCGGUCUUACAGAUUCAAAGUCCGGUUCAUGGCGGGGCAUCGUCACGUCAGCAGCCAGCUUCUCAGACCAGUACCACAAGAAGUUCAUCAUUCACGUUGAUGACAAGGGGGAACCUUUCCAUGUUGGCUUUGGAACGAGCGCGAAAGGUAGCGGGGAUGAGGUAGAGGUGGAAAUAAAGAAGAGGAAUGUUGGGCCAAAGCCGGUCCUGAAUAAGCCUAUCGUGCUCAAUGCGGAGGGGAAGCUCGACGGCAAAGAGCCGGAGAAGUCAUUCUUGCAAAAGUACUGGUGGGCUCUCGCUCUCUUCUUGGUAGUGCAAUUAGUUGCAGGUGGUGGAGGAGAGAAAUAA